GUGAGCAAGAGGGCGGUGUAAGUGCAGUUUUCAGACCGGUUACUCGCCAAUACCGAGGAGGACGCCGGGGCAGUGAACCCCUUAUAUCUGUUUGAUAAAGAAGAACAACACCUGGAUUGUCACGUUUACCAAAAGGGACAAAGGAUUCAGCCGGUGACAGGAUACAACAUAAAGAACUUCUAAAGACGGAUUUGGGUACAUUUUGUACAACUUUGAGCUGUCAGUUUCGGUAAGGCAGGUCGGUGGGGAAGAAGACUUCCAGCCGAGGGGACCCCUCAAGCGGCCCGCUUCCACUCAGCAGCGACUGAAGCCUGGGGAGCAGGGAGUCGCGGAGCCGGAGCGCGGCGUGUCGGCCAGCGGGUAACCGAGUCCUAACCUGUACGGGGAGAAGUAAUCACUGUGCGCCGGGUCAUCCGGACAGAGACCUCAUGAAUGGAAAUCGGAACAACAGGAGACGUUGGAGCAUCCGCUGAAGCCCAAGCACUUUUUGCGUUGCCACGGCGACCUGGCUAUGGCACUCUCGGGAAGCCCAUCAAGCUUCUGGCCAACUGCUUCCAGGUGGAUAUACCCAAGAUCGACGUCUAUCUGUAUGAGGUGGACAUCAAGCCGGAUAAAUGUCCUCGCCGGGUCAACAGGGAGGUGGUGGACUCCAUGGUUCAGCAUUUCAAGGUGACCAUCUUCGGCGACUGUCUGCCAGUUUACGAUGGGAAGAGAAGCCUCUACACUGCUAGCCCGCUUCCUGUCGCCACUGGUGGGGUGGAUCUGGAUGUCACCCUGCCAGGUGACGGUGGGAAGGACCGCCCAUUCAAAGUCACCAUCAGAUUCGUGUCGCUGGUCAGCUGGCACAUGCUGCACGAAGUCCUGACAGGACGCGGUGUGGCCGAGCCCGUGGACCUGGAGAAACCCAUCAGCACCAACCCCGUUCAUGCUGUGGACGUGGUGCUCCGACACCUGCCCUCCAUGAAGUACACGCCUGUGGGACGCUCCUUCUUCUCCUCCCCUGAGGGCUACGACCACCCGCUAGGUGGAGGGAGAGAGGUGUGGUUCGGCUUCCAUCAGUCAGUACGGCCAGCCAUGUGGAAAAUGAUGCUCAACAUUGAUGUGUCAGCCACAGCGUUUUAUAAAGCCCAGCCAGUCAUCCAGUUCAUGUGCGAGGUCCUGGACAUUCACAACAUUGACGAGCAGCCCCGCCCUCUCACCGACUCCCACAGGGUCAAGUUCACCAAAGAGAUCAAAGGUCUCAAGGUGGAAGUGACACACUGUGGAACCAUGCGUAGGAAAUACAGAGUCUGCAAUGUAACACGACGCCCCGCUAGCCUCCAGACGUUUCCGCUGCAGCUUGAGAGCGGUCAGACAGUGGAACGCACCGUGGCGCAGUACUUCAGAGAGAAGUACAGCCUGCAGCUCAAGUACCCCCACCUGCCCUGUCUGCAGGUGGGACAGGAACAGAAGCACACCUACCUGCCCCUGGAGGUGUGCAACAUUGUGCCUGGUCAGCGCUGCAUUAAAAAACUGACAGACAACCAGACGUCGACCAUGAUCAAAGCCACAGCCCGCUCCGCCCCGGACAGACAGGAGGAGAUCAGCCGGCUGGUGAGGAGUGCAAACUACGAGGCCGACCCGUUCGUGCAGGAGUUUCAGUUCCGCGUGCGAGACGAGAUGGCCCAGGUGACGGGCCGCGUCCUGCCGGCCCCCAUGCUGCAAUAUGGCGGCAGGGUGAGCUCUGAACCCUUUAUGCCCCAGCAGAUCAACCCUGCACUGUCGUUGCAGAACCGCACGGUGGCCACGCCCAGCCACGGCGUGUGGGACAUGAGGGGGAAGCAGUUUCACACCGGAGUGGAGAUCAAGAUGUGGGCCAUCGCCUGCUUUGCCACACAGAGGCAGUGCAGGGAGGAGAUCCUCAAGAGCUUCACAGACCAGCUGCGUAAAAUCUCAAAGGAUGCUGGGAUGCCAAUCCAGGGACAGCCAUGUUUCUGUAAAUACGCCCAGGGAGCCGACAGCGUGGAGCCCAUGUUCAGACACCUGAAGAACACCUACGCCGGGCUGCAGCUCAUCAUCGUCAUCCUGCCUGGGAAAACACCCGUCUACGCUGAGGUGAAGCGGGUGGGUGACACCCUGCUGGGCAUGGCCACCCAGUGUGUGCAGGUGAAGAACGUGGUGAAGACGUCCCCUCAGACCCUCUCUAACCUCUGCCUCAAGAUCAACGUCAAGCUGGGAGGAAUCAACAACAUCCUGGUUCCACACCAACGACCCUCUGUGUUCCAGCAGCCUGUCAUCUUCCUCGGGGCUGACGUCACUCAUCCUCCAGCAGGAGACGGGAAGAAGCCAUCCAUUGCAGCGGUGGUGGGCAGCAUGGACGCCCACCCCAGCAGGUACUGCGCUACAGUGCGGGUCCAGAGGCCCCGACAGGAAGUCAUCCAGGACCUGGCCUCAAUGGUGCGAGAGCUCCUGAUCCAGUUCUACAAAUCCACCCGCUACAAGCCAACCAGGAUCAUCUUCUACAGGGACGGAGUGUCAGAGGGGCAGUUCAGACAUGUGCUGUACUACGAGCUGCUGGCCAUCAGGGAGGCCUGCAUCAGUCUGGAGAAGGAGUACCAGCCGGGCAUCACUUACAUUGUGGUACAGAAACGCCAUCACACACGUCUCUUCUGUGCAGAUCGCAACGAGCGGGUUGGACGAAGUGGAAACAUUCCUGCUGGCACCACAGUGGACACAGACAUCACUCACCCCUACGAGUUUGACUUUUACCUCUGCAGCCACGCUGGAAUCCAGGGUACGAGCCGGCCGUCCCACUACCACGUUCUGUGGGACGACAACUGCUUCACCGGCGACGAGUUCCAGCUCCUCACCUACCAGCUGUGCCACACCUACGUCCGCUGCACGCGCUCCGUAUCCAUCCCAGCCCCGGCCUACUACGCCCACCUGGUGGCCUUCCGCGCCCGCUACCACCUGGUUGACAAAGAGCAUGACAGUGCGGAGGGCAGCCACGUCUCAGGGCAGAGCAACGGCCGGGACCCGCAGGCGCUGGCCAAGGCCGUUCAGAUCCACCACGACACACUGACCACCAUGUAUUUCGCCUGAAGCCUCCACUUCCCUCCACCUUUCCUAGCCGCCUCUCCUCGGCCGCCCCCCACCCCUCCGUGCUGCUGGAGCUGGAUGGCGGCGGCUGUGACUGCAGUAAGGAUGUAAUAAGCCAGAGAGGAGUUACAGCCACAUUAUGCAAUCUGAAACCAGCCAAUAGUCUCUGUCCCUCAACUCCUCCUCUGUGUGUCCAUCACGGUGGAUUCUGUCUCCUUCUUUUAAUCUCCACCUUCCAGUUUUUACAGUGAUUUAUUUCCCAUGUGUUCAAGAAAGGCGGAGCAGCAGGGAAUCCAAAAACUGAUGAUUUUAUGGUGCAUGGGUGGAGGCCGAAGCAGUGACUCGUUCCUCACGUUGAGCCUAACGUCGCUGGUUUAUUUUGUGAUGGUUUUACAUGUUUGUUUGCUUGUCUAGAUACAAAACUAUAUGUGUUCUUUCUCUGUCGAGCAAAUGUGUGAUUGCCAUGGUUAGAGUACGCUCGUAAACACAAAGCUUCGCCCUUUUUCUUCUUUAUGUCUCUCCUCAAAGCUGCCUUAGCGGUUCCUCUUCUGUCUCCCUUUAAGCCAACGGUUCCUCACAGUCAUUCAGACAGUAAGAAACUCUGCACUCAGACACUGAAUGAGUUUUUAUUUUGAAACAAAGCCACAUCGACGGGGCAUUGUGUAUCGCUGAAUGCCUUACCGCGACUGUUAGAAAACAAGGCCAUGGACAGUUUCAAACCUCCCUCCGUCAUAGCUCUGCUCGUGUUAAACCAAACCUUUCCCGCGUGUUUUUUAUUCCUCUUGCUAUUUAUACACUCUUUCCCUUUUAAGCUAAAUUUACAGCAAUAGAGCAGGCGGUUUAUCCCUUCGGUUUAUCCACUUUUACAGACCAAUUUAGUUGUGGAGAACUCUUCGGUGCAAUAAGGUGUAAGCGCAGAGGGUGUGUAUGUUUGGCUCGGUAAAACGGUUUUCUUCGAGUGAGUUUUGGCAAGUGACGAUGAGCUUGGACUCAGGAAUGUAUUGGAAUUCCUCACGGAAGUACAGACGCAUGCUGCAGAUGGAGGUCUGUUAGAGAGAUUUAUCAAAGUGCCUGAAUCGGUUAGAGUGAUCUGUUCACGGAUGAAAGGGUUAUGAUCGUAUGUAGGUUUGUGCGCCUCAACGCAAGAAACAAGUUUGUGUGAUUUACUUUAAAUACUUAGUUUUCUGGUGAUCAGAAGGUGGUACUUUUCCAUUUAACACACUUCGUUUCCUUCUGUGGAAGUCAUUCAAAAAAAGCUUCAAUCGGUUUUAAAGUACAACAGUUUCCUCUGAUUAUGUUGCUCUUACAGAACACAGUGCUAAUUGUUUAGGGAAAUGCACAAUAAUCAUAGUUUUCUUAUGCAAUUCUCUGUUAAAUAUUAGUGGAGCUUGAGACCCUUUUUGAAUUGCCGCCACAUCUUUCAUUUCUUCUAAUUUACCUGCAUAUAAGGAAAAAAACUGCCAUUAAUCCAGUGAAACAUUUCUAUGGAUCAAAUUUCCAAAAUAUAAUUAAGGUCACAACCAGUAUUUUUACAAUCUGAGCUCAGUGGCAGUUUCAUUAGGUGCACCUGUAAUAUCUUUUUACACAAUAUUGUUGUGAAAAAGUCCUUUAUGGUGCUAUAAUGUUCAGGUUUUGUUGACGGUGAUCUUAUUCAUUUAUAUCAUUUAUUGCUGUGGUCGCAGUGAUGGGGGUGUUUUACCCCACCAUUAACCAAUAAUAAAUCUGAACAUUAUAAACGUUCUAAAGAUGGAUGUUAUGGCAGAGCUGGAUUAGAUCGAACAGGUGUGCCUGAAAGUGUAGCAACCAGGUGUAGCUUUUAGUCAUUUUUUGUAGUAUUAUGUCAUGAUCUGAAAAAGAACACGGUUUCUUAUUUUAAGAUCACAAAGAAGAAAAUCUGAAUAAUAAUCCCACCUGUUGCAUCUCUGGCCCUCAGUCAACGGUGGGACUCACUGCCAGUGGAAAACUAAUAUUACGUAUUAAGAUUUCAGUCUCUUUAUUUUCUUUAUUUUUGUUGCGUUUUUUUUCAGAAGAAAUCCAGGGCUGGGUAUCUCCAGAGCCACUUCCAGUUCUUCAACAGUCCUAAAAAAUGUUGCAACUAAUGAUUAUUUUUAACUUUUUAAAAUGUUGUCCAUAAAACGUCAGAUAUGUCCGGCUAUAAUGUAUUGUUUUUUCCGAGCAACUGCGUUAACUCCAAAGAAACCUUUUAAUCUCAUAAAUGCGACAACGAAAAGUAUCAAAUUCUCACCAAGUUUGGCAUUUACGCUUGACAAAUUGCUAAAAAUCAUGAAUACCGGUUGCCGAUGGUUGCGAAAUAGUAAUAAUAAUUUCAAGACCUGUUGCUAACGAUAAUAAAUAAUUUCUAGUUUGGAGAAAAACUGUUGUUAUGCAGUUAGGAACAGAUUCCCUGAUACAUUUUGAGGAAUUAUGUAUCCCAUAAAAGGACGAAUACUUGCAAGAAUCCCACAUUUUAAAAAGUGCAUCAUCCUUUUGAAUGCCUUUAAUCGCUCACUGUUGCCAGACCUUUCUGUAAUACCCAGGCUGAGGGGGUUUCCUGUCAUGGCCUUGCAGUUCAGUUUAAACAGAGGAAGCCUUCAGGUUUCAUCUCUUGGACCAAACCAUUGUGCCUGGUCAGGGGGGUGAGGGUGGAGGACUUUAGGAGGGGGCCUUACAGCACCUAGCUGACCUCUGUACUGCUAACUGUGCUAGCCACGUGUCACCACAACCAAACUAAAGCUGCUAUAAUAAAACACAUUUAUUUAAUAUUUCAUCAGAUACAUAUAUAUUAAUACGGAGGGAUAAAGAGGAGUAUGGUAUUUUACUGCACUUAAAGAGAUGCAUGUGUUUAUGGUUAAGCAUUUUUAAUUCUGAGAAUAUCGCAAGCGUUUGUCCCGCUGUGUUUGUCGUCAUGUUGCAGCUGUUUCUUAUUGUCAGACAUUACCAGCAUUUGAUUUUACUUGAAAGAAAAUGUAGUCGUGGGCAUGAUGAAUAUUGUUAGCUCGAGCUUCUGCUUGUUUUCAAAAAGUCUAUAUGGAGCCUUAUUAAUCUUCUCCCGCUCGGCGUCGGCAGAGCUGGACAUCAGAUGCCUUUUGUCCAUCAAAAUAAAAGUAUGAAAUAUAUUUAUAUGUAGAGAUAUUAAUGUAAUGCACACACCACUUAUUUUUUUUAACAAAGUCCUAUUUGACGCAGAGGCUGUACGGAGAAAUGGCGUUUAAUAAUAGUGGUCUUUUUUCCAAAUUUGAUAAUGCAAUAGGUUUACUCGUGUGAUGUUUGCCGCGUGGAGACUUGUCAUGUUAAGAAAUGGGAUGAACCAUUAACCCUCCUGUUAGAGAAUCCACCCUCUCCUUUAAUAUCAUCUCCAAAACUCAUUACAGCAACUUUUAAUAGUUUUCUCAAUGCAUGUGCUGCUUCAAAGGUUUUUUUUCAUAUUCACGAGAGGAGGAGGGUUGAUGGUUCACCCUCGGAUCGACGUUAACAGACUGUGCCUUUCCUGAUGGUGCUGAAAAAAAUCAAAGAGAUCUUAACUUUCAGACAGGGCGCUGAGGCCCGGUCAAUAAGUAUAUAUUGAUACAUGACGAUACUGUAAGGCGUGAUUGUGUUUGUUUUGUGUGUGUGGAUACCUCGGAUAUAUGCCAAGAACAGAAAAUAUGCAGAACUGAUCAGUGUGGAGCUGACAGGACCAAAAGGCCUGUGGGGGAUGGGCACUCAAGCACAACCCAGACACAUUAUAGAGAAUAAAGUCAUGUAGGUAACGAGUAGCUCAGUUUAGACAUUAUGUAGCAUUAUUUAUUUAUUUCCAAGAUGCCUCCCUUAACUGCCUGUACACCCAUUACCCCCCCAUGUUCAUUCUUAAGUGGACGGCAAUAAUGAAGCAAUCGUCUGUGCAAUUCAUUUCUCUGGCCUUCCCUUAGUGUAUGCAUCGUUGUCUUUUAUCUUCGAAUAUAAAAUUAUGUCUACAGAUAGCGCUAGUUCUUGGGGUUGAGUUGUUCCUCCACGAGUGCCCGUUUCCCCACAACAAUAAAUCUUUAACCCUCUGCGGUUGGCUGCAUAUCAUACUCAUAAAACGAUGUUUGGGUUUCACAGUAUAUUAAUGUGCUUUUUUUUCUUUCUUUUUGCCUGAUUACUAAAUGGUGUCACUUUUAGAAGUAAAACUGUACGUCAAGACCUUUUUUUGUCUUAACACUCAUCUGAUCCUGGUCCUAAGUUGAGCCUUUUUAUUUGGUUGUCAUAUUUAAUUUUUUGGAAUAAAUACUCUAUGUAUGAAA